AUGAAGAAACACCCGAGCCCUGCCAAGGUACCGGUUGAAGUCACUGUGCCAGACAGCGAGGCUACUGUGCAACAACUCAACGAGCUAUUGUCAAACGGCAGCGGGUUCUACAGUUUACCAGCACAACAUUUCAACGAGGUGUAUCCGAGAAUUUACAUCGGGAACGCGUUUGUGGCCCAGAACGUGAUGCGUUUGCAGCGACUCGGGGUCACACACGUACUCAACGUCGCCGAGGGCAACUCCUUCAUGCACGUGAACACCAACGCAGACUUUUACGCAGGAACCGGCAUCACUUACCACGGCAUAAACGCCAACGACACGGAGCAGUUCAACAUCAGUGCCUUCUUUGAGGAGGGUGCAGACUUCAUCGACAAGGCCCUUGCAUACAAAGACGGGAAAGGAAAGGUGUACGUUCACUGUCGGGAGGGGUACAGUCGCUCCCCAACGAUGGUCAUCGCUUACCUCAUGCUCCGCCACAAGAUGGAUGUGCGCGUUGCCGUAGCGACAGUAAGGCACAAGAGAGAGAUCGGGCCCAAUGACGGUUUCCUUCGCCAGCUGUGCCAGCUGAACGAGAACCUGGUGAAGGAGGGCAAGCUGAGGACCAAAUGA